GACGCAUGUCAGCAAGAUCCUCUGUUUCUUCAAUGGGAUUGCCUAUGGGCCCUGGUGUCACUCUCGCUGAUGGCACAAAGUGUGCAUCAAAUUCUGAAAAAUGGAUUAUUGGUAUCUGUGCUCUGGACACCAAAGCUCGAUCCAAACCAAUGAGAAACAUCUUGAAUCGUAUUAUUGCUCAUGGUGAUUUUGAGGCUGUAGUGUUCCAGGACAAGGUUAUCUUGGACGAAGACAUUGAACAUUGGCCAAAUUGCGACUUUCUAAUCUCUUUUUUCUCUGCUGGAUUUCCAUUGAGCAAGGCGAUUGCCUAUGUACAGCGAUACCAGCCUUUUUGUAUCAACAAUCUGCCCAUGCAAGAGUUACUGCUUGAUCGUCGACUUGUUCUCUCUGUGUUGGAUGCCAUUUCUGUUCCAACGCCACGUCGUAUUAUGGGUUAUCAAAACGAUCUUCCUCAGAUGCGGCCAGAUAUUGAAACCCAUCUUGCUACGCUUGGUAUUGAUUUGGAUGAACUUGGCCGAAAACGUACAUCUAUCACUAUGCUGGAUAGUGAAACAAUCCAGUGCAUUGACAUUGACAAUCCACAUCUCCCUUGUUCUACGCUUCGCAAACCAUUUGUCGAAAAGCCUAUUUCUGGUGAAGAUCACAACGUCUAUAUUUACUACGAUGCUAAAUCUGGUGGUGGUGUACGAAAGCUGUUUCGUAAAGUAGGCAACAAGUCCAGCGAGUUUUGCCAGACUGAAAGCAACAUUCGUACUGAUGGCGUUUAUUUGUAUGAAGAGUUUAUGAGCGUUGAUAAUGCUGAAGAUGUCAAAGUGUACACUAUUGGCAGCAAAUACGCUCAUGCUGAAACCAGAAAAUCCCCUGUAGUCGAUGGUGUUGUCAGGCGUAAUGCAGAAGGAAAGGAGGUGCGCUAUAUUACUCCACUUUCAGAUGAAGAAAAGGAGAUUGCUGCCAAAGUCAGCAAAGUCUUUGGCCAAACUGUAUGCGGUUUUGAUCUUUUACGCGCUGGUUCACGUUCCUAUGUCAUUGAUGUGAAUGGAUGGUCAUUUGUAAAGGGAAACACAGAUUACUAUGAUAAUUGUGCCAGAAUCAUUCGUGAAACCUGUCUUCAAGAGAUACUGAAUCGUGGGCCUGAAGUUUUCAAGCGCCAACGAAUCAUGGAGAAUCAAUGGCGUCUAAAGGCAUAUCUGUCUGUUCUUCGUCAUGGCGACCGAACCCCUAAACAAAAAAUCAAGUUUACGUUCAAAAGCAAAAACUUUUUGCAACUCCUCAAGGGCUCACUCGAGGAAGUUGUUCUUAAAAAGGCUGAUCAACUUCUUGAGGUUGCUGAUUGUGUUCGUCGUGGUAUUGAUGAAAAUGUGGAAGAUCAAGCAUCUCUUCAGCAGCUUAUUCGCAUUCUCGAUGCCAAGGCAACAAUGAUUGGCACCAAGGUUCAGCUUAAACCUGGCUUUAGUAAAUCAGACGGAAGUUUAGAGAAAAUACAGCUUAUUGUCAAAUGGGGCGGUGUCUUCACACAUGGCGGUCUUCAUCAAAGUCGCGAUUUGGGAGAGAACUUACGCAAAGACUUGCUCAUCAUCAACAAGAGCUUAUUGGAUCAUGUGAGCGUUUAUUCUAGUUCUGAAAAAAGAGUGACUGCUACAGCAGAGAUUUUCUGCAAGUCCUUUUUGGAAGUCGAUUCAAUUGAAGAUGAUUUUAUCAAAAUUGACAAGGAAAUGCUGGAUGACUCGAAUGCUGCCAAGGAACAAAUGGACAAAGUCAAGUCACGUCUGCAGCGGAUUCUGAAUCCAGAAAAUCCCGAGCAAGUACCACCUGAAUUUAUUAUGCCACUGUCUGGCACAAACGAUAUGGCUUCACUUGUUCAUAAUAUCGUUGAAUUACUUGCUGUAAUGCGUGAAACAAUGCAUAAAAACACUACAAAUGGAAAUAUGGAAAAAUUACAAGCUGUUUGGUGUUGUACCGACUCGUCGUUUUUGUUUGAACGAUGGGAAAAGCUUUUUCACGAUUUUAUUGAUGUUGAGCGAGCCCAAUUUGAGCCCUCAAAAAUAUCAGAGCUUUAUGAUUCAUUAAAGUAUGAUCUUAUUCACAAUCGUGAUUUUCUUCAAGGAGUAUUUGCCUCUUCCACUCAGGACAGUCUAGUUCGCAAGCUGUAUAAUCUUUCCAAAGAGCUGUUUGAUAUUAUUGGUCCACACGAAUAUGGCAUUGACAACAAAGAGAAGCUUGAAAUUGGGUUUCAGAAUGCAUCUUAUUUAUUGAAACAUCUUUUAAGCGAUCUUGAUACUGCUCGCGCUUCUCCCACUCCAUCCACUUGUUUGUACUUUACCAAGGAGAGCAAGAUUAUUUGUCUAUUGAACAUUGUUUUGUUGUGUGGUCUCAAAACUAAAGUAACUUCUCCUGCCAAAAUUCCUGAACUUGAUUAUUUGACUCAAAUUUCGUUUGAGCUGUACGAGAGGCACGGAGGUAACACAGAGGCAACAAGCGACGGUCAACGAGAAUACUCUUUGCGCAUUGCAUUCAGUGCUGGUGCACACGACUCCAACUUGAUUGACUUGCAUUUGGAUCGCAAACACUCACUUUCUGUUGCACCUCGCAGAUGGAUCAGCGAUCAUAUUGAUUUAAAUGACGCUCUCAAGUCUCUGACUCCAUGA